AUGUCGGAUGAUGGAGCGAGGCCAAAGAAGAAGAAGGGUGCAAGGGUGAGCUUCGACGAGGACACGGUUGGCUUUGACAGAGGUGACGAUUCACCAACAUCUUCUCGAGGGGGAGGCAUGGAGUCUUCUCGGUGGAGCGGCACAACAGCUGCUGCAAACGAACAGGACUACGGCUUGAAGCCAAUGCCAGCUCUACCUUCUUUUGGAAGCAUCCGCAGCCAGAGGAGGCAAGAAGAACCGGAGAUUAUCGAGAAGGUCACCGAAACAGCACCAUCAUCCAUGUCAACCUCCAUAUCCACACUGGCUGAGCCCAUGGGACCUUCAAGUGACCAUGCAGUGGGUGGAAUCUUUGCUAGGGACUACGCCACGAAGCAAACUACAGAGUCGAAGCGCAGAAGCGCCGAGCCAGCGAAUGCUGUAUCGGUUAAUCCAGCUCCAGCGACGACUUCCAGCUCAAGCUCUACAUUCGACUCGGACCAAAGCCGUGACAACACUGGAAGUAAGCCAAGUCCGCAAGUUGAGCCUCAACGAUCUUCUAGUGUUUCAUCGCAUACCCUGGCAUUCGCUGCUAGUAUUGUCGGUGAAGCUGAGUCGAACCCCUCGCAUGACGAUGGUAUACCAUCAAUCUCCCUUGAACCUCCUACGCCCAAGGCCGAAGAGUACGACGAAGCGCCGGACUAUGUCAUGCCUGGAGGAUGGGACGAGGAUGCAUUUCACCGAGCCAGAACCGGGCCUGUGGAGACGCAGCAAUGGAUUGCUGAGCCUACUGCUGAGCCUAAGUCAUCAACAGAAACCGCUGCAGAACCGGUGGCGGUCGAGGCAGCGCCAGUUGCCGUCACAGAUGUACCGCCAAUUGCACGUCCGCAACGGGGGAGACAACUGACUGCUGUCACUGAAGAAGCAUCAUCCGACGACGACGAUAGCAUCUAUAGUGACGCGGAGGAGAAUCUCGACGAAGAUGACAGAGGGUUCAGUUCCUUGAAUGCCAUUGCGAAUAGCCCUAUCGGUCCAUCAUCGCCGCGAAUGGCAGUUGCUACUCCACCUGACAGCCCGGUAGUAGCCGCGCCACCUCAGCAAGGAAGGCUAUCAAAUUGGCUGCCAAGUCAGAGCGUCGAGUCGUCACCUUCCGAUACUGCUGAAGAUUGGAAUCAAAGUAGGGCAUACUGGAGCAGCCUGAAUGAGCAAAGAAAGCAGCAGCUUGAGCAUGAGGCUCUGGCGGCUAGCAGUCCGUCGGUACAGCCAGCCCUCAGCGAGCCAGCUCCCAGCGAGCCAACUCAAGCUUUACCAGCGUCGAAGCCGAAGAAGAGGAUAAAUGCUGUACCGCAGCAAGCCCCUCCGACACCGUUGGCUGCUUCCAAAGCAAGCGCGCCACGAUCCCAACAGCCAUCUCAGCCAAAAGCACCAGCUAUGAGGCAGAGCCUGCGUGCGCCUUUCGAGCCCACCGCAGCAGAACAGCCGGCAACCCACAUGCGGAAAUCUAUGAGGGGCGAUGACGCUGCACGGACAAUGAGAGGAGGUAAUACGAUGCGCACGUCCAUGAGAAGCGUAGAGCCGGAGAGUGCAAGACCCGCUAGUCCGCCAGCACAAGCCCCGGCCGCAAGAGGAGCGCUACAAAAGAAGAAUAUCCCUUCUGCGCCUACCAUGAGAAGCAUUCCGCCACCACAGACUGCUACAGCGGCCAAGAACAGAGCGUCCGCCAUGCCUGCACUCGGCCGGAAGAUGUCUGAUGACUCGGUUGCCUCGGCCAGCAGCUUCAGGAAACAACGUCGGCGUACAUCUGACACUGGCGGUGCAGGCGGGUAUACCAUGAAGCGGAGUAUGAGGGGCUCCUCUCAGCCAGCGCCGAUAGAGCAGCGACCAGUAUCACCAACGCCGCCCCCUACAAAAUCGUCGAGAUUCAGUAUCCGAUCUCUGUCGCCUACCGGGUCUUUUAUGCGUAGACCGAUGACUGGCAGUGCAAUCCGAGCUUCGCUUGACACCGGCGCUCCUACACUUCGCCCGCAAUCCGCAAAGCCAGAGAAGGCUUCAAAGAUCUCCGGCUUCGGCAAGUCUUCGAAACCAAAGGCACCCGCGCCGAAGGCUGCUUCGCGCUACGAGUCUCGCUUCGGCGACUCCAGCGACGACGAAGACGCCCGCCCUACAUUCCGCAGCCGCUUCGCUGACUCGGACGAUGAGGACGACGCCCCUGUCCCGACCGGCCUGACACCAGUCCGAGGCAUUCCACGACGAGCCGGGGACGAAGACCGCGAUUCCACCGACCUCUCCGACGAAGAGAGCGACAGCGGGCGCCGCCCCAAGCAGCACCCUCCAGUCCCCACAUCCGCCGACGUCAGCCAGGCUGCAUCGGCAAGGCCCAUGACCAACGGCAACCCCCAAGGCGCCGCGCUCGCUUCCGGUACCCUGCGAGACUCGAGCAAACCGACCGCCGAGCUGCCCAACGGCUUCCCCGGCACCAAGCCCAAACCCAAACGCGGCUUCUUCGGCAUGGGCAAGAAGAAGCCUGCGUCCGAGCCCCUGGGCCGCCCCAUCACGCCCAUCGACGCUAAGCAAAUGGCCGAUAACGCGAUGGCGCAGUCGCCGUCGGGUGCAGCGUCCCCGCGGAGUCCGCGCCUCCAUCGCAGAAACACCCCGACGAUGCAGCGCAUGGAGAGCGAUACGUGGCCGCUGCCUGCGCCGCCGGCGAUUGGCGGGGAGGAGAGGCCGGCGACGGCGGAUGGGGCGCCCGUGGUCGUGAAGCCGCAGAGGCCGGAGAUUGGGGCCAGGAGGAGCACGUACGAUGAGAAGGGGAACGUGUUGGGGCGGAGUGGGAAGAAGAAGAAGUUUCAGUUCUUGAGGAAGGCAUUUCGGCUGGAUGAUUGA